CAUGAACUUGAUCGAAUAAUACUGCAACUAAUAGAAACAGUAACAUUUAAUUGUAUAAGUUAUUAACUACGUUUAUUUGAAAAUAUUGUUAUUCAUUAUUGAAUAUACUAAUAAAAAGUGUAUUUUGGCAACGUUACACUCAUUUUCGUACGCAAUCGAAAUGUUUUAAGGGUCAGGUAAAGAAAUAUUGUAAAUAUAAUCGUGCUACUAAAAAAGGACAAACGUAUAAGCAAUCGUAUAAUCACCGAGACGAUCGUAGGUUUAGCGCGUGUCAUUCAAGUAUGGAUGAUACGAAAAUUUAAUAGGUAUGGAUAUUUUAAAUAUAUAUAAUAAUAUAGGGUAUAUAUUACCUGGUCGGUUAUUCAGUACGUUAAGUAGUUGAAUGUAUGGUGUGGUAACAUUCAUAAGCAACCAGUUUUCCUACAACCAAUGUAUAAAUCAGUGGUUUUCAAACUUUUUUUUAAAUAAAACGUGCUAUACAUAAUCUUCACUUAAAUUUCAUAGCAACGGCUAUUACGAUUUUUUUUUUUUUUUUGGUCAUUAUUUAAUUUUUUGAAACGAAUCUAAAACAUAAUUCUUACGACAUACCAGUGUGCUUCGGCACUUAGUUUGAAAAUCACUGGUAUAAAUUAAAUUAAUUUAUUAAUUUAGACUUCAUUGGCAACUGGUUAUAGUUGUCUUUCAACUAUAUUUGAUAUAUUUCGAUGCAGCGCUGCAGUCUAUGAAAUGAAGUUUAUGAAUAUAAAAAUAUGCAAAUUAGGUAUAUAAAUAUCCAUAACUUGAAACAUUAUUUUAAGUACUAAUAUUCUUUGUAUUUUUUAUUAUGUAACCGGUGCAAAUAAAAUACUAAAUGAAAAAAUAAAUAAAUGUAGAUAGGUACUUAAAGUUAAAAUGUGCUCAAGGGAUAAAUAAAAUAUAUUAAUACAUUUUAAUUUAGAACCCAUGAAUUGGUUUCAUUUCUAGUAACUUUUUAUCACUUGUAUAUUUUAAUAAUUAAAUAAAUACAAUAAAACUGUUUUAAUUGUAUUCCUAAAUAGAAAAUAAUGUAAGCAAAACAACAUUUCAAAAAUGUGAAUGUGAAAAAAAGCAAGAAUUUGAAGAGGUAACACAAAACGCGCAAACAGUUAAUAGUUGGAUUUCAGCUACAUUAAACGUGUUUUUGUUGGAAUAAAAAGCUGAAUAUUUUACAAUGGUGUAUAGUGUAGAUAUAAGAUUAAAAUAAAGCUAAUGUUUUGAGAACCUUUAUAUUUUUAUUACUUUCAAUAAAUAUUAUUUACCAUUGUUUUUGAAUAUCGUAAUUUUCAUGAAGUAUCAAUCAAUUUUUUUUUAAAAAUAUUUUGUAUCUAACGAAAAAAUACAAAAAAAAAAAAAAUGAAACUAUUUUCUCAGACCGAUGAAACACAAUCAUUGUUAAAAAAUAGCAAAUUGAGUAUAAAUUGGAAUAAAAAAGUGCUCAAGUGGACAUUCAGUAUAGUUUUGUUUGGUUUAUUGUUACUAUGUGCUAUAUAUAUUAUACACGUUUUUACUAAGAAUAAAAUUCAGCUAGAAUCCAAUACAACUCCAAAAAAAAAAAAUGCACUACACAUCGCAAGUAUUGCAACCACAAAUGAUGAAUUUUUAAAGAAAUGUGCUCCUAUCGUAAAAUGUGAUCCAAAUGCCAAAUAUAGAAGCGCAAAUGGAUCUUGUAAUAAUUUGGAGAUUCCUACAUGGGGUGCCUCAAAAACGCCAAUGCUUCGUAUGAUUGAUGCUAAUUACGAUGAUGGUUAUUACAAAUUACGAUUACAAACCAAUGGAAAAGAAUUACCAGUUCCAAGGGUAAUAAAUUUAAACGUUUUUCUGAAUCAUGAAAUAUAUCGUGGUGAUGAAAAUAAUGUACUUUUAUUUCCAUUUUCACAAUCAUUAGCUCAUGACAUUUCGGGUAUACCUAAUCAUGUUUUAACAGAAAAAAAUGGCUCAUCAAUUGACUGUUGUUCAAUUAAAAAUAAAAUAAAAGAAUAUCCACUAUGUGAAUUGACUAUCGACAAUCCACCCGACGAUCCUGUUUUUGGAGUGAAUAAUAGAACUUGUACGACUUUAUUCCGAGCAUUGACAUCAAAGGAGUAUGGCUGUCCGCUCUACCCCGCAACUUUUGUCAACGCCAAUUCACAUUUCAUCGACGCAUCAGAAGUGUAUGGAUCUAACGAAAGUUAUGCAUUACACCUCAGAUCUAUGGAUGGUGGAAGACUUAAUUUCUCUGUUAGUGAUAAUGGUCAAAUGUUCUGUCCAUUUUUAAGCCAACAAAGCAAGGAAGUAUUAAUCGGAAAUCAAAGCAGUAUUGAAUAUGACACAGGGGAUCCAAACAACGGUAAUCAAAAUUUAGGAAUAACUGCAAUGCAAACCUUAUUCUUAAGGUUUCAUAAUUAUAUUGCUUCAAAACUCUCGUCUUUGAAUCCAUUUUGGACCGAUGAAAUCGUUUAUCAGGAGUCACGAAGAAUUGUUAUCGCAACUAUUCAACGUAUAGCGUUUGAAGAUUACUUACCCAUAAUUAUUGGAGAAGAUUUUCAAGAACUUUAUGGACUAAAUAAACCAAACAUCUAUGAUCCUAGUAUAAAUCCCUCGACGUCUCAGGAAUUUUCGACUGCUGCUUUUCGAGUCCUACAUACGAUUAUACCGGUUCAAUUGAAUUUUAUGAACAAAGACUACAAAAUAGAAAACUCAGUGAUAAUUACUGAUUGGAUAUUAAAUGCAGUAAUUCCCCUUGAUAAUAACUUCGAUAAAUUAUUAAAAGGAUUUAUUGAGACUCCAGGGCGAAUGGUUCAACCUUCUUAUAAUUUCUACUUAUCCAACUAUUUGUUCGCUAGAAUUAACGAUUAUCCAUUAAAAGCACGAGAAGUGCUUGAUAGUGUUUUUUUGGAAAAUCCUAAAUACAAUAGUCGUGAUCAACUUUCAAUCGAUAUUUUAAGGGGACGCGAUGUAGGCCUCCAACCUUACAAUCGAGUUAGACAUUUGUGUGGGUAUCCGUUAGCUAAAGAUUUCGAAGACUUGGAAGAUCUUUUACACCCUAAAGAUACAGCAAAAUUAAAAGAACUUUAUGACUCUGUGAAUGACAUUGAUUUAAUAGUAGGCCUUUUAUUAGAAAAACACAGUGACGGUGCGAUUGUAGGUCCAACAACGCGGUGCUUAAUUGCCGACAGUUUUUAUCGAUAUAAAGCUGGCGAUCGCUUUUUCUAUGACGUACAAGGACAGCCCGGUAGCUUCACAAAGGAUCAGCUGAAAGAGAUCAAAAAAAUUACUCUUGGUCACGUUAUAUGUGCAACUUCAAACGUAGACCAUGUUCAAAAGGAUAUUUUUAAGACAAUCGAUCACAAUUUAUUUCCAACAAUCAAACAAAAAUGUGACAAGGAGUUCAAUUUAGACUUUAAAAACUGGGCUGAAUCAAAUGGUCGACCAGAAUUAUGAACUGAUUGAAUUAGGAUAAAUGUUUGUUGUUUUUAAAAACAUAAAAUAUACAUUAUGUAUUAAAUACUUUUAUUAAUAUAGUCA